AUGGACUCAAACAAAAAACCCCUCCUCUUUUUAGACAUAAUACUGCGUGACUAUCCGACGGACCCCAUCAAAACCCUCAUUGACUCUGGCGCCACCUCCAACUUCAUCUCCCCCUCUUUAGUAGAAAAACUCAAAAUCCCAAAAACCCUACUCGAAAAUCCACGAGUAGUGAGAAUGCUAGAUGGUACCCUAUCUCAGACUGGUUGCAUAUGGCACCAGGUUCAACUCGCGGUCUUGGCCAAUGGCCAUCCCCACAAUAUCCCCUUUCUUGUCUGUCCCCUUGGCAACACCUCGGCAAUCCUUGGCAUGACCUGGCUCACAACGGAAUCCCCCCUCAUUGACUGGCAACAGGGACUGAUCACCUUCCCUGAGCAAGCACAGAUUGCCUCUGAGGAAGAAGCAGACCUAGAUCCUUUGGCAGACCUUCCUCCGCAGUACCAUGAAUUUGCUAAAGUCUUUGGUGAGGAAGAAUUUAAGGUCCUCCCUCCACAUAGGGAGUAUGAUAUAUCCAUAGACCUUGUCCUGGAUGCCAAACUAUCCCCAGGACCCUUAUAUGGCAUGACUGAUGCUGAAUCCAAGGCGCUCAAACAGCACAUUGACAAAGAAUUAGCAACGGGCAAGAUCCACCCCAGCACUUCUUCCACUGGCGCCCCAGUCAUGUUUGUUAAGAAAGCAGACGGAUCUCUUAGGCUGGUUGUGGAUUACCAGAAACUCAAUGACGUAACCCACAAAAAUGUAUAUCCACUCCCAAGACAGGACAACCUCAUGGCAAAGCUGAGACAUGCUAAGAUAUUCACAAAGCUUGAUCUACGCUGGGGUUAUAACAACGUCCGGAUUAAGGAAGGAGACGAAUGGAAGACGGCUUUUAGAACAAAGUACGGGCUAUUUGAAUACCUGGUGAUGCCCUUUGGCCUCACCAAUGCCCCCGCCGCCUUCCAACACUUCAUGAACAACCUGUUUAGGGACCUCAUUGACGUCACUGUGGUCAUCUACUUGGACAACAUCCUGAUCUUCUCAGAGGACCUUAAGGACCACCCAACCCAUGUCAGGGAAGUCCUAUCAUGGUUAAUGAGGAAUCAGUUGUUCUGUAAACUCUCCAAGUGCCAUUUCCAUGUCACCACAGUGGAUUACUUGGGUAUUGUCAUUUCCCCGGCAGGCUUUUCCAUGGAUCAGAAGAAGAUUGAGGCAGUCACGUCAUGGCCAACCCCCAAAACAGUCAAGCAGGUCCAAGCCUUCCUAGGAUUUGUCAACUACCUCUGCCGAUUCAUCCCCAACUUCAGUUCAGUAGCACGUCCCCUGCACAACCUUACUAGAAAGGAAACCCCCUGGUCAUGGGGCGACCUAGAGGAAGCAGCAUUUCAGGAAUUGAAGAUUCUUGUCACCAAGUUGCCGGUUCUCAUCCAUUCCAACCCAGGGCUCCCCUAUUACCUUGAGACAGACGCCUCAGGGGUUGCCAUGGGAGCCAUCCUUAGUCAGCGGGGCCCAGAUAACCAACUACACCCAAUUGCGUAUAUGUCCAAGUCAUUCUCAGGGGCAGAAGGAAACUACAACACCCACAACAAGGAACUCCUGGCCAUCAUCAAGGCCUUGGAAGAAUGGCGUAUUUUCCUGGAAGCUACGGACAAGCCGGUUCAGGUAUUCACAGAUCACCGCAACCUUGAGUACUGGAUGCAGGCAAGGACAUUCAAUCAACGGCAUGCUAGAUGGCGUGUAUUCCUGAGCAAUUUCAACUUUGAAAUACAUUAUCGCCCAGGGAAGCAAUCAGGGAAGCCAGAUGCCUUGUCCAGACGAUUGGACUAUGUUGACAACCCCCAAGAACCAGAAGUCAUGUUACCACCAGAGGUUUUUGCGAAUACAGCGGAAGAGGAAUUAGAAAUAGUCAUGGAUAUUUGCGCCAAGCUCAAGGAAGACCCAUCACUGGAACCAAUUAUCAAAUUCCUUACUGAGGAUGCAGACAACGCGCCCCCUUCAAUUAGGAAGGCCUAUAGGGACUAUGAUUGGGAAGAAGAUUUGCUAUGGUAUCGCGGGAAACUGGUGGUUCCGGACUCAGAACCCCUGAAAGAACGACUCCUGAGGGAAUUCCACAACUCCCCACUGGCAGGACAUCCAGGCCAACAAAGGACGCUUGAACUUAUCAGCAGAAGCUAUUGGUGGCCCGGAAUGAAAUCCUCUGCUAAAGAAUGGGUUGAAUGCUGUCCAGUUUGUCAAGCCAACCGACGCGCGCACGCCCCAGCUAUCUCCCUGAAACCCUUAGAAGUUCCCCCUUAUCCUUUCCACACCAUAUCCUAUGACUUCAUCACAGGAUUCCCCAAAUCCCAGGGACACAACGCCAUACUGGUUGUAAUUGAUUCCUUUUCAAAAUUUGGCCAUUUCAUUCCCACCUUGAAAAAGGUCACAUCAAAGGGUUUAGCGGACUUAAUUGUCAACCACGUCUGGAAGUUACAUGGGCUACCCAUAAAAACCAUCUCUGAUAGAGGUACCACGUUCACCGGGAAGUUCCUCAGGGCACUAUACCAACAACUUGGAAUCAAGCCCGCAUUCUCAUUGGCCUAUCACCCGGAAUCAGAUGGUCAAACGGAAAGGGUCAACCAGUUCAUAGAGUUCUACCUCAGAUUGUAUGUGGCUGCAGAUCACUCAGAUUGGGCCACAUGGUUGCUGCUGGCUGAAUAUGCAUACAAUAACGCCAAGCAUUCUGCCACAGGGAAAACCCCUUUUGAACUAGUUUAUGGAAGAAACCUGGUAAUGAACCCAUCCAACGUCCCAGCAAACGUCCCAGAAGCAGACCUUGUAGCGGACACCCUUGCACAGGAAUGGAAGGAGGCAGAAUCUGCUUUAAGGAUGACAAAGGAAAGAAUGGCAGGAGUAAAAGGCACGACCCCAGAAUACACUAUUGGGGAAAAAGUAUGGCUAGACGCAAAAAAUGUGGAGAUUCAAUCCAACUCCAACAAAUUAGACCCCAAGCGCCUAGGUCCUUUUGAAGUCACCAAGAAGAUCUCAAGCCACGCUUACCGCCUAAAGCUCCCUGAAUCAUUGAAGAUCCAUGAUGUUUUCUACAUAGGACUACUUUCCAAAAGCCACAAAUCACCAAACCAGCCAUUCCUGGAACGUCCCCCUCCUGAAACAAUAAGAGGAGAGGAAGAAUACGAGGUGGAACAGAUCAUAGAUUCCAAGAGGCAACGAGGAAAGUGGUUCUACCUAAUCAAAUGGAAAGGGUACAGGCCAGAAGACAACUCUUGGGAACCAGAGGAACUACUGGAACAUAGCCAAGAGGAAAUCCGUUGCUUCAACAAGUCACAACUGAAAAAGGCUUGUGACUCUGCCAAGAGCCUUUAA